CUCGCCAACACGUACACAUCGUACGGUUACAACUGUCACUUUCUCAUCUCUCAUAUGUCACAUUCCACACUCCUUUAUAGUCCUCUCCCUGCAUUCACACCACCACCACCACCACCAUGAUUAAGACCUUGAAUCCUCGCCAAAAUCCGGCGAAAACAAUUGAGAUCUUGUCAAGGUACAGGCCCAUAGCACCAAAGCCCGAAACCGAUCUUUCCCCAAAGAUCAAGCAAUCUUCUUACCUCAGAAGCCUCUGGGCUCAGCUCCAGGCCCGCCCCACCAGGACAAGAAAGAGAGGAAGACCACUCCCUUCUUUCAAGAGACAGAAAACUCACAUCUUAGGAUUUUGUCCCGCCACAUGCCACCUCACUCCUCCUCCUCCUCCUCCUCCUCCUCCUCUCCUCCCUCCAAGAUUAGUGACACUUUCACUUCUUCCAUGUUCUUCUAAUUCUCCUUCUCCUUCCCCUCCCAUUCUCAAUGAGCUUAACACAGCGGGUUUCAACGUGGCACAGAAGAAGAACAUUCCAGAAGAGAAGGAUCUUUUGAAGCAGUUGCAAGGAGGAGUAGUCAAUGCGAGUAGCGUGAAUUGCGUGAUAGCGCCGCAGGCAGUUCGAGCAGUUGGAUCAUGCAUAAGUGUGGGGUCCAUAUCCGUUAGCGAAAACGGAAUUCUUGUUACGAAAACAGCAGAGCAAGUGGAGGAAGAGGUUGAGUCAGAGGCAUUGCCAGCUGUCAUAACAGACUCGAAGAACAGAGUGAGGAUGGCCAACUCUGCCUACAGGGAGAUGGUGGGUGAGCCCGUUUGUUCUUGGCUCCAGUCCGUGGUCACAGGAGCCACGUGCACCAGUAGGAUCUGUGGUGACGUGGCGCUUCAUCUUUGUGGUUCAUCAAAGGUGCCUAUUUCGUCCAAUGGAUUCUCAUGCUGGGUGAGGAUCGGGUGGAACAAUCAAGGGAAGAAGAUUGAAGUCAAUUCUUUCUGUGAUGUUAACAGAUUAUCGUGCCAAUCCAGGGACUAUCUUUUCAGCUGGAGAUUCCACACAAUCAACAUGUAGCACUUCAAAAUCAAAUUAAAUUAAUAUGUAUAUAUGUAGGUAAUAGUAUUAGCUAGUGAAUAGUGAUCACAUAUAUAAGCGUUCUGAGUUUAAUGUUUACGUUUAUGUUUAGAUGUCAUGUCACUAUGGCAGCAUGCUCCCUUACCGAAAAUGUUUCUGUUAAUAAAAGGAAAUAAUUUAUCCAGGAUAGU